AUGGUGGGAGGGAGAUAAGAAAACAGUCCCAUGUUAGUCCCAUCUAAAAACAUCCCCAGAAAGCCGAGAACUCCCCCUCACACUCGUCCUCGUCUCUCUUCCUCCUCUAAUAGGCUGGCCAAGGAGAUGGAGGAGAACGAGAGGAAGCUAAAGGCUCUCACGGAAGAGCAGUGCGAGGAGCAGCAGAGGUGGCAGGAGGAGCUGGACGAGCUAAGGCAGGAGAUGGAGCGAGUGAGGAAGGAGGCGCAGGAGGCCGAGCUGCUGGCCUUGCAGGACGAGAUCGCCGCUGUGGAGAAGCAGAGAGAGGUCGCCAUGGCUCGCAUCGAGGCCUGGCUGAGAGAGGUGGGUCAGUACCUGAACACUCUCAAGGUGGAGUUCCCGCAGCAGUACCCUCAGGAGAGGCAGAAGUGGGAGAAGAAGGAAGAGCUGGUCCGGAGGAGCCAGGCCGAGCUCCAGAGCCGCUUUCAGGAGGUUGUGCAGCAGCUCCAGCAGGGUCGAGAGUUGGAGUCCCUCCCCAGGAUCAACGUACCGUCUCUGCCGCAGGUCCCUAUGGCUGACCUGAGAUUCAAUCAGGUGAUGCAGUCACUGGUCCGUCCCCAGUUCAUGCCUCCUCCUCCAAUCGCAGUGAACCGACCCUUCCCUCCCCAGAGACUCCCACACUAUUACCAGCCACAGUACCUCACCCCUCACCCCCCCCAGUACCGCCACCACUACCAACACCCACCACCUCCACACCCGUUCCAACCUCCUCUCCCCCUCCCACCGCAGCACCAGCCUCUCCACCUACCUCCGCCUCACUUCCAGCCCCAUAUCAGAGCUCCAAUGAGGGGGACUCCCCCUCCCAGUCUCUCCCCGUCCCCUCCUGUUCAGCCUAUCCACCCUGUAGUUCCUUCCCCGCCUCCCCCCGCUGCUGCCUCUGCCCCCGCCGGUAAACUCGACAAAGUCCUGGAGAAGCUCGGGAAUCGGUUCCCGCAAUGCAACAGGGCUCAGCUGAUGUUGCUGCUCCAGCAGGUGAAGAGCUCCCGCGGCACGCUGGCCGGCAUGUCCAUGGAGGAUGUCAUCGAGCAGGUCGGCUUCAAGCUGGUACAGAAGGAGAGGUCGGCCCCGGGGCCCAUCAGCCGGCCCGCACCCCCAGGCCCCAUCCAGAGGCCGACACCUCCCCCGCAGAGAGCGGCGGCGGCAGUUGGAGGUCAGACAGUCGGGGCUCGUAAACUCUGCCUGAUGUGCCAGAACCACGUGGAUCCAGAGAGCCGACACCCACUGAGCUGCUCCCACACCAUCCACAAAGACUGCAUCAGAGUGUGGCUGCAGUCCAGCAAGAACAACUCCUGCCCCUUCUGCCCGGGGAAGUGACGGAGAAACUUCAACCAGACUCUGCCAUUCAAAAAAAGACUUAUGUUUAACAGAUGUGGUUUCUCAAUCAAUGUUUUUGUGCAGGAUACAACCGACAAGUUGAUUAAAGAAUACAUAUGAUUCAUCAUGUUGCAGCGACUGAGAGCAUGCAACAGUCACCAUGUUGAAACUCACCUGAGGGGCAUUUUGUUUUACUCUUUCAUUUUCUUUAAAUGGAACUAAUCCGUGUUUGUUGUUCUUAUCACAUGCAGCUAAACAAGAAGUUUGCCAAAAUAAAAUGAACUGAUAAUGAAAAGGUUGUCAUUGUGAUGAGGAUAAGAAUGUAUUAAAGAAUAUAUAAAAAUGUUUACUUUCAUACUUGACUGUUUUUGAGAUAAGUGUUAAGUUUUUAUUUCCAGGCCGCUAAUAGUUAUAAUGCUAAACAUUUACGUAUUUAAUUUUCAACAACUUUACUUCUAUGUACUUCAUUACAUGUCAGAGGUGAACAUUGUACUUUCUGCUACAUUUAUCUGACAGCUUUAGUUACUUUUCAGAUUAUAUAAGAUUUUUACACAAAACGUAUGAACAGUUUAUAAAAUGAAUGAAUAAAGGAUGUUUUGUUAUAAAUUAAACUCCAACAGUUAA